CCAUAUAUCCUAUGCCCAUACAUAUACAUCCCGCACUCGCCCGCGGUGUAGUUUAGUUCAUUUUCUCCUCCCCUUUGCGACGUCGAACCUGUCCCUCGACUACCUAUAGCGAGCUUAUUUCCUUUCCGUUUUCGCAUGAUCCCGUAUACCCCCCUGAUUUAGACAGAGAGAGAAGAAUAAGUGAAGCCGGCAACGGCAUUGGUAUCUAAAAUCGCAUCUUUUUGCAUUUUCCCUGUUUUCUAAAAUAUCCAAAAUGAAUACACAAUCGCUCAGGAUGAGCGAGCGAUCGCGAAGGGAAAUGCGACAAAAGAAUCACUUCCAUGACCCCUUCUUCGGUCUAAAGGGGCUCGACCCACGACCGACUUCGGUUGCGACUGAGAUUGUAGAUACUGAGUGGGAAGAAGAAGAAGAAGAUAUUGUUAGCGAGAUAGAAGACGAAGACCCAGAUUCGCCACGAAUAAGCUUGAACUCGUCGGGACAACCAAGUGUAACUACCCUUUCUUCAUAUGAAGAAGCGCAAACACCCAGGUCGAGCAGGGCUCGCGAGGUGUACCCGUUCGGCUUUGAUUCCUCAAAGCCAGUCGAGGGACCGAGAGGCCCGCACCUAUUCCGAGCCUCGACGGCGUCGUCAUUUAACUCUUUCGAAUACCAAUCCACCCUCACCCUCUCUCCGAUAACGCCGAAAACGGCCAGACCGUUCGAAGCGGACCAUCGGUUUCCGCUGACGUACGAGCCGCCACCUCCUCGCUCGCGCAACAGCCCAUUCCAAUUUACUCACGAGAAGUUGGCCCCGGUUGAGCUGUCGCUAUGGUCGCCCGAGAAAGUAGCGCAGUGGAUGCUCAAUGCCGGCAUUGAGAUCCCGGUCGCCGAGAAGUUCGUCGAGAAUGACAUCAACGGUGCUAUCUUAAUUACUCUUAAAUUCGAGGACUUAAAGGAGCUUAGUAUCCAGUCCUUCGGAGUCCGGACCAAGGUAUGGGAGGAGAUCCACGUGCUGAGAGACAGCAAGGCAGCGGCAGAGGCGGCGGCAGCAUCUCCUCGUCCUGAUACCCCGAUAGAGGAUGAGGAAGCUAAAGAAGUGAGGAGGGAACGAAGGAGGGAAAGAAAAGAGGAAGGCAAUAGCGUACCUCGCAGUGAGAGCGUCAAACGAUCGAAGAGCAAGAAGAAGCCUGCGCAUGAAGACAUCAUCUCGCCCUUAGAGUCCGUAUCCAUCGUCGGAAUCGAGCAGAUGAUGCCGAAACCGCACCACUGCUCCAAGGGUGAGAACUGCUCGAAGUUCAGGAGACAACAGCGCAUGAUCGAGGCCUUCAAGCAAGAUCAUCCCUUCGUGGACGUAGACCAAGGUGGCAUCAUCAUGGUUGCAGGAGACCCAGGAAACCCAGAGACUGCACCGGCCAUCAACCGGCCCUCGUCGACAGAGGCUUUAAGGCCUAUGUCUGACGCCGUGCCGUCCGUGAUCGCGUCGUCGGACGUUCUCGGCCCCGGCAUGCCCCCAUUCCAGUACCUGCAGGAAGCCGCGCUACGUAAUCUGCAGACACGAGAUCCCCAGGACAACGUCAGACAGUUCCUCAACUUCCAGCAUCAGCACGGUGACGAGUGCAGCUCCACCGAAGUCCCGCCAACACCUCCAUUCGAGGUACCCGCUAUUGGAACUGCCACCACGACACCAACUCCACGAACACCUCAUGAGGGUUUACGUGCCUUGCCCAAGCUCGCUAUCCCCGGACAACAACCUCAACUGCAGCAGCAAUUGCAAGCUCAACGGCACUCCCAACAACUGCGUUCCGCGAACCAGACACCGCAACCCUCAUUCUACCCUCAACGGAUGGACAGAGGCGAAGCCCUAUCACCAGACCUGCACAACGCCCCCUACCGCUUCGGCACCCCCUUCUCGGACAUGGACGUACCCCUAACCGCCGUCCCCCUCGGCCCCGUCGCCCGCGACGCAUCCCAAUCCGUACCUCCGGACAUGAACUACCGCACCGCCCCUCUAAUCUCCCGCUCCCAAUCACGCGCUUCCCGGCGUCCAUCCUUCCAAGUAAUGGCACCCGUAGAAGAAGACGCCGCGGCGACCCCAGUAGCCCGGGUCUACGGACACCGGUACACGCACUCCGUGUCCCCCAAGACCUCCUCCGCGCCCAAAAUCCCCUCGCGUUCACAACCACUCCAAGCCCCCCCUCGACCACAAUACCCCUGGUCACCUCCCUCCACCCGCACCGGCUUCGGCCCAAUCACAACACCCGGCCAACCCACCCCCUCCACCGUCAAAGACGCCGAAGGCGUAACCUACGCGGGCCCCGUAAAGAAGCGGAAGACGCGGAUGUUGCGGCACGAAUGGCACGACCACUACGCGACACUCAAAGGGACCCGUCUCGCGCUGCACAAAGACGCCGAAGCGCGGUCCCGGGCGCUGGAAUACAUCGACAUAGACGACUACGCAAUCGCCUGUUCCUCGCUCUCCACCGGGUCAAAGCUCAACGCCGCAUUCAAAGCCAUGAGCAUAUCGCGGUCAGCGAAAAACGGUGCCUCAGCCGCGGACCCGGAUUCGGUUGCGGCGUUCAGCUUCCAGCUGAUACCGCAGAACGAAGUCGGGCGCGGGGCGUUAGGGGGGCGGUUGAGGAAGCGGGAGAGCCAGAGUGUGGGCGGCGCAGGGGGGUUGCCGAGUCCGCCUCCGGGGAUCGAGGGCGCGGCGAAUGGGACGGGGAAGACGCAUCAUUUCGCGGUGAGGAGUCGUGACGAGAGGAUCGAUUGGAUGCGCGAGCUUAUGCUUGCGAAGGCGUUGAGGCAGAAGGGCGAGGGGUUCGAGGUUAGUGUUAAUGGGAAUAUGAUCUAGAUCUAGGUCUAGAUCAGGUCGUCUACCGACAUACUACCUACCUACUUAUAUUUUCUUUCGUUUUCUUUUUAUAUAUGGAGGUGACGUACCUAUAUACACA